AUGAAACCAUGUCUUAUAGUGAAGCAACGAAGUGGUCAAACAUUAAAGUAUGUUAGUUUAAUUACACUUACAUUACAAAAUGCUCUUGUUGGACUUAGUAUGCGUUAUGCACGUACAAGAUCAGGAGAUAUGUUUCUUUCAUCAACUGCUGUUGUUAUGGCAGAAGUUGUUAAACUUUUAAUAUGCCUAAUAUUAGUUUUUGUUGAAGAAAAAAACUUCUCAAAAUUUGUUGAUUCCCUAAAAUUAACAGUUAUAAAGCAACCUAUUGAUACUUUAAAAGUAUCUGUGCCAUCACUUUUAUAUAUUGUACAAAAUAACCUUCUCUAUGUAUCAGCAUCUAAUUUAGAUGCUGCAACUCAUCAGGUAACAUACCAACUAAAAAUUUUAACAACAGCAUUUUUUGCUGUAGUAAUAUUACGAAGAUCUUUAAGAACUACUCAGUGGGGAGCUCUGAUAUUAUUAGUUAUAGGAGUAGUAUUGGUACAAUUAGCACGAAAUUCAAAUAUUCCUUUGCCAUCUGGCAUAGAACAGAAUCAUUUAUUUGGAUUCUCAGCUGCUUUAAGUGCAUGUUUUCUAUCAGGUUUUGCUGGAAUAUAUUUUGAAAAAAUAUUAAAAGAUUCAAAUAUAUCAGUAUGGAUGAGGAAUGUACAAUUAAGUUUAUUAUCAUUACCUUUUGGAUUAAUUACAUGUUUCAUAAAUGAUGGCAAAAUAUUGCAGGAACAGGGUUUCUUCUUCGGUUAUGAUUUAUUCAUUUGUUACUUAGUAGUACUUCAAGCAGGUGGUGGUCUUAUUGUUGCAAUGGUAGUUAAAUAUGCAGAUAAUAUACUUAAAGGUUUUGCUACGUCUUUGGCCAUUAUAAUUUCUUGCGUAGCUUCUAUAUAUCUUUUUGACUUCAAUUUGAAUUUACAGUUUUCUUUAGGUGCAGUUUUAGUCAUAUGUUCAAUUUUUUUAUACAGUUAUGAACCAAAAUCCAUAUUUAUUGAUAAACAUUCAAUAUAA